AAAAAAUAGAGGAAAAAUAAUGGGGAAGAAGACGGAUGCAAAGGGGCUGGGCCGUCGUAAUGGGCCGGACUCGAUGAGGAUCGGCCCAAUUACGGUUCAUAAAAGGAGACCCGGAGGUCCAACGAUCGCACAACUCGCAUGAGCGCUUGGCCUCUCGCCCUCCCAUUCGACCAAUCCCUAACCCUGAAAAUGGCGGGGAAAACCCUAAUCCCAAAUUCAAACGUCCCAAGCCCUUCCUCGUUCUCGAUUUCACCGGCCAUGGAGGCGAUGGCGGAGAACCCGAAGAGGCGACCGCGCCGCCGCCGUGCGGCGGCGGCGGCGGCGGCGGGAGAGCCCGGGGCUGGCGCUGCCGUAGCCGCAACCGCCGUUGAAGAUAUGGAGGAUUUUGCGAAGGGCGAAGCGGAGAGCUUGAGGGCGUCGCUGCUCCGGUGGUACGACGAGCACCGGCGAUCGCUGCCGUGGCGAGCGGCGAGCGGCGUGGACGAGGCGGAGAGGGCGUACGCGGUGUGGGUGUCGGAGGUGAUGCUGCAGCAGACCAGGGUGGCGGUCGUGGUGGAUUACUACAACAGGUGGAUGAAGAGGUGGCCCACCCUCCGCCGCCUCGCCUCCGCCUCGCAAGAGGAAGUGAACGAGAUGUGGGCUGGUUUGGGGUACUACAGAAGGGCGCGCUUUCUAUUAGAGGGGGCCAAGUGUAUCGUUGAUAAAGGGGAGUUUCCUCGAACAGCUUCUGCGCUUCGUAGGGUUCCAGGAAUUGGAAAUUACACUGCAGGGGCUAUUGCUUCUAUAGCUUUUAAUGAGGCUGCUCCUGUUGUUGAUGGGAAUGUAGUGAGAGUGAUCAGUAGGCUUAAAGCCAUCUCUGCGAACCCCAAAGAAACUGCAACUGUGAAGAGGUUUUGGAAGCUAGCUGGCCAGUUGGUUGAUCCUUUGAGACCGGGAGACUUCAAUCAAGCCAUAAUGGAACUUGGCGCAACCUUAUGCAGCCGAACAAACCCCGGUUGCUCUUCAUGCCCUAUUUCUAAACAGUGCAAGGCGCUCUCACUCUCCAAAGAUACUAAAUCAGUAGAAGUUACAGAUUUCCCAGCAAAAGUUUUAAAGGCAAAACAACGCCAUGAUUUUGCUGCUGUUUGUGUUGUUCAAAUCAUGCAAGGCGCGGACGAGAACCAUGUCUUUCUUCUAGUGAAGAGGCCAGAAGAAGGACUGCUCGCAGGGCUUUGGGAAUUCCCAUCUGUUCCACUAGAUGAAGAUAAAGUCGAUGUUGGCUUAAGGAGAAAAGAAAUGGAUAAGUAUUUGAAGAAGUCGUUUAAUCUUGAUAUUAGAAGGAACUGCAAGGUGGUCUCUAGAGAGGAUGUUGGCGAGUAUGUGCACAUUUUCUCUCACAUUCGACUGCGCAUGUAUGUUGAGCUGAUGAUUUUGACUAUUGAAGGUAAUUUGGAUAAAUUGGCCAAAAGUGAGGAGCAAUGCAAAUUAACAUGGAAAUUCUUUGAUGUAAGUUCGAUUGAGACCAUGGGAUUGACAUCUGGAGUACGAAAGGUUUACAAUAUGAUUAAGGGUAUCAAGGAGAAAAAGUUAUCACAUCCUACAAGAGGAACAAGGAAAAGGAUCAAAAGCCUAUAGUCAUAUGAGCCGUGAAUGAUCGAAGAUGUUACAAGGAUACCACUUAAUGAGUUGCUUACUUUGCCCAGUAGUUUCGUCGGUUAAGUAAAUUAUUAAAUCUUGAUCAACUUAUAGGAGUUGUGCUAAAUUAACUUGAACCGUGUUCUUCGUGAGUUGUGCCCAAUUUUGAAUCAGCAUAUUGAGAUAACCUGCGAAAGCAAUAUGAUAUUUCUCAGCUCAGGAGCUACAUGUUGUUCGCUAUCGCAGGGCUCUGAACCGAAAUGGUGUGAUGCGCUGUUAUCGAUUCCUCAGUGCCAGUGGAGCUGCUUCUAGGAGCAGCAUUGGACAACAGUUGGAGAUUUUUUGCUAUGUUAGGAAGCCAAAUGUAGUCCUGGGCCACAUUUUGUAAAGACAUGAGAGCAUACUGGUGAAAGAUGUUUCAGGAUUAUAGUCCUAUAAAUUGCUGUUUAGAUUUGUAAUUUUUAUGUACAGGUUUUGUGAAAGUUGGAUAUUGAAUGACAAAGUGAAAAAAAAAAGAUUUUUUUUA